CAUCGGUAGUCAAACAUUCAGAGGGACUCUCCUUUUGAAGCGUGCACAUCUCCAGUUUUCUUUUGCUCAGCCAGCGGACAAUCUUUAACACUGCCAAGAUGAGGAGAGCAAUGUCAACCACAAGCACCAGGACCGUCAGAAAAUCCUAUGCAACACCUGGCUCCUGGAGCAACCAGAGUUCCGGUUAUGGUUCUGCAACCAGCUACGCUGGUGGCUUCAGCAGCAUGUCUUUGACAAGGCAGAGGUUUGGCUUAAGCCAGCAGAGCAUAACGCCGCAAAUUUCCCCGGUCCAGUUCAACCAGAGCCUGCUGACCCCAAUGCCUAGAAAUUUUGACGACACCGUUCAGGCUAUCCGCAUCCAAGAGAAGGACCAGAUCAAGACCCUCAACAACCGUUUUGCCUCGUUCAUCGACAAGGUCCGUUUUCUGGAGCAGCAAAACAAGAUGCUGGAGACAAAAUGGAGCCUCCUGCAGCAGCAAACCACAAGCCGGUCCAACAUUGACGGCAUGUUCGAGGCCUACAUUGCCAACCUGCGCAGACAGCUUGAUGGUCUUGGUAAUGAGAAGAGUAAACUGGAGGGGGAACUGAAAAACAUGCAAGGUCUGGUUGAGGACUUCAAGAUGAAGUAUGAAGACGAAAUCAACAGGCGUGGAUCUGCUGAGAAUGAGUUUGUGCUCUUGAAGAAGGAUGUCGAUGCUGCCUACAUGAACAAGGUCGAGCUGGAAGCUAAAGUGGAUGCUCUUCAGGAUGAGAUCAACUUCCUCAGGGCUGUGUAUGAAGCUGAGCUUUCUGAGCUGCAGGGCCAGGUUAAGGACACCAGUGUUGUUGUGGAGAUGGACAACAGCCGUACCCUUGAUAUGGAUGCAAUUGUGGCUGAAGUGCGUGCUCAGUAUGAAGAAAUUGCAAACCAGAGCAAGGCUGAAGCAGAGAGCUGGUACAAGCAGAAGUUUAAUGAAAUGCAGAGCUCCGCAGGACAGUAUGAGACAGACCUGCGCACAACAAAGUCUGAGAUUGCUGACCUGAAGCGUAUGAUUUCACGUCUUCAGAAUGAGAUUGAAGCCAUGAAGGCACAGAGGAGCAGCCUUGAGCUUCAGAUCACAGAGGCUGAGGAAAAGGGUGAAAAGAUGGUAAACGAUGCCAUGGCUAAGAUCAAGGAACUGGAGGAUGCUCUGAGUAGAACCAAGCUAGAGAUGGCCCGCCAGGUGCGUGACUACCAGGACCUGUUGAACAUCAAGGUCGCUCUGGACCUUGAGAUUGCCACCUACAGGAAACUGCUGGAGGGAGAAGAGUUCAGAUUGUCCAGCGGAGGACCCAGCACCAAAAUACAUGUGCAGCAGAGCUCUACAAGCUCUGGAGUAAGCAGUGGCAACAGCAGUUAUGGGUAUGGUGGCAUGUCCGGUGGUUAUGGCGGUACCAUCACUAAGUCUGCCGUCUCCACACAAAGCAGCUCCAGAAGAUUCUAUUAAAGUCUUUUAGAAGUAGAGCUACUUUUUAGACCCUUCAGAAACCUUUGAAUUUGUGCUAAAUCUCUACCCUUUCAGUAAGUAAUGCUGUCACACGUAUUCAAGAAAUGAGCUGAAAGUCCCAGAAAAUCUGCAAUUCUUAAAACGGGCAACAAUUAUGUUCUGGUCAACAACAUAUAAACAGAGGUUUUUGAAGGGCCAGGUCAGUUAGCAUGGCAAUAUUUUUUUCUUUACUGACAUCUUUUGGAAAAGGAGAAACAAAGGUUAAUGUGGAGUGAUAAAACACAUAGUUUGAUCAUAUUUACUAUGCUUCCAUCUUUUGCAACACAGGAAAAUGUGCUGCAAUUUAAUUUCUGCCCCAGACUACAACUGUAGUUUACAGUCAACCAUUAGUUGUCUUUAAAAAUCUUGUUACUCAUUCUUGUGGUCUGCAAGAUGCUUAAGUGGAGCACAUCUCUUACGAGACCUAAAAAUGGAAAAAUACAGAAUAGAAAAUGUAAUGAAUUUACAUGUUUACAUUGAAACCUUGUUACCUGAUUGGUUAUUGACUCACUCCCGUUAGCAUUGUUCAAACUCUCCUUUAGUUUUUCCUCCUGUUGCCUUUGACCUCAAAUGAAGUUAAAACCAGGUUUGCUUUAUGAAAACCAUCUCAGUGGCAUGAUGGGUGGAUGUUGCUAAUGACUGUUUAAACAUCUCAUUAAAGUGAAUCUGAGAAUAUAA